AUGGCGCUAGUAGAUGACGACGCGGCCUUGGAGGCUGCUCUGUCGUUCCUGGACGACUUUGUACCGAGCGCCGCUGCGCGUCAAGGCUCAUUGUCUCCGCUUACGGACGACUCGAACAACUCGAACGACUCUGGCGUGUGCACCACGCCGAAGGCCAAGCGGGCGUCUACGGCGACGCCAACCGCGCGCCAAAUGGAGAAGCUGCAGAUCGACCUGGAGGUUUUGAAGACUCGGCAGGCCCAAGAGCAGCAGCAGAAAGAGAAGGACGAAGCGAAUGCGACGGCGUUGGGACUCGCGGAGCAGCAGAAACGCCGCCGGGAGGAGACUGAGCGAGACAAUGUGCUCUUGCGACUCGCUGUGGAGCGCCAGACCAAGGUGGCGGACAGUCUGCGCAGCUUGAUGCAGAAGCGAGCGGUGCAACUGACGAAUGAAUUCUCGUUGUUGAUGACUUUGGCGCGCUCGAAGCACCAUGUAGUAGACGUGUUGCGGCUGGGUGGCGACCUGGACGACUUUCACGGACUCUUUCAGCGCCUCGAGGCUUCGUAUCGGAGGCUUGACGAGGUAUUCAUGGCGAAUGGCCUCGCUGGGACGAGGAUCUCGCCGGUCGAUGUGCACGUUCGAGAAGGCGUUGAUGGCAACUUCUUUGAGCUGUCGGCCUACAAAACGCUGCCUUUUGACGUGCGCUCAACCGCGGAGGCGUCCUGGAGACACUUCAAAGGAGUUGAGAAGCAUCAAUGCAAUGGCAGUCUGUACACAAAAGCCGAGAAGACGGAUCUCAACGAGCCGUUCACGCUCAUCUCGGACUUCAAGAAGGAGAUCGUUUCCAACAGCUCUCGGGCCGACAUUCGCGUCAAGCAAGCCAUCCGACACUACGUGGAAGAAGACCGCGACAUCAUUGCCUGGACUUCGCGGGCUGACCUCUGCUACAUGAUCUCCAUCGACCGCGACAUCGAAACUACGUACGGGGUCGACGACGCGCGUACCAUCACAGACUUUAUGAUCGUCAGCAUCGGCCAGAACUUGCGAGCCCACCGCGAGUUCAUCGAGAACGCCCUGGUCGACCAAGCUCUAUCAUCUGUUGAGAUGGCUCUGCUGGACGACGACAAUGCAUUCGAAGCUGCGCUGUCCUUCCUGAAUGAUGAGACGCUCCUGCCGCUUCAUAAUGCGCACGAGUCCUCUCCCAGCCAAACGACACAGACGCAGACUCAAGUACAAGUACCGGCAAGACAACGCUCAGAGGAAGAGAAGCUGAGGCGGAAGAAAGAGUUCAAUGAGAAGAGGAAGAUGCUGCGCAGGACCGGCGUCUACGGCGACCCGAACCGGUCGCGCAACGAGCGUAAGAAGGAAAUCGCGGUCUUGCGCGAGCAGCUGCAGAAGGUCGAAGGCAUUACAGAAGUGUGGCAGGAGAUGGCGGCUCGGCAACGACUCCGACGGGAGGAGGCUGAAAGCGAGAAUAUUCGCUUGAAGGUGGUCGUGGAGCAGCAGCAGAAGGUGGCGGACAGUCUGCGCAGCUUGCUACGGAAGCGAGCGACUCAUUUGAUGAAAGAGUAUUCAGCUUUCACAGACCCCGCUUUCACGAGGCACUACAUUGAUCGACUGGAUACCAUGCUUCUGGCCAAUGGUCUGGCAAACAUGACAAUCUCGCCGGGUGACGUGCAUAUUCGGGAAGACUUCGACGGCAAGUACAUGGAGUUUUUCACCUACAAGGAGCUGCCGUUCGGGCUGCAGGAGACUCAAGAGGUCGCAUGGGACCACUGGAAAGGAAUGGAGAGGGCAACGCCGUACACGAUCAUAGAGGACUUUACUAAGGAGCUGUUCUCAAACUGUGCUCGAGCUGACGUUCAAGUGAAGCAAGUGAUCCGACGCUACGUCGAAGGCGACCGCGACAUUAUAAUCUGGGUUGCACGGUUAACCCCAGUAGAAAUCAAGCACAAAAUGCUGCGCGGCUUGACCUACAACCUUCGAGGCCAAGUGGUGAUCAAGCGGUCCCCUCACUCCACUCCAGACCAGGAGGUUUCUGUGCUUCAGCAGUGUUCGCUCAUCUAUCUGGACCAUGAAGCCCGACUUCGAUACGAUCCGUCGAGUCUGCGGGCACUUCAAAACGCAUCUCACGCGUAG